UUUUUUUACCAGAACUUACCUGUGUGUCACGUGACAGAGCCCAACCCCUCCGCUCAGCCGGCACCGGCAGUGAACCUGACCCCACUGCUGAUGUCGCUGAGCAAUCGCGUCGUUUCGCGGGCCACGAUCGGGACGAAGCUGUAACAACCCUGUGGAAGACAGCUGGCUGCUGAUGUGUAGAAGAGUCGCAAGAGUAUAAAUAGAGGAAGGCAACUGUGAAUUGCUAUCUUUUGGACCAAUCUGUUAUCUUGUAGCACUUUACCAAUUAGUUAGCCUUAAUAAAAGAGCCUCUCUGUUCUCCCCAUUUCCCCUUUCUUCUUCUUCGCCAUCUCCAUUUCGUCAGAUCUCCCAAGCACGAUCCUUACAAGUGGUAUUCAGAGCCUUUGAUCUGGCAAUGGCAUCUAACACUUCUCGUAUCAUUGAUUUGGAGGCGCAAAUGGCGUCGGUACAGCUCCAAUUGGAUUCUCACCACCAGGAUCUGAAGUCUGCCAUUGCGGAGCUCGCGGCAUCAACGAAAGACAACAUUGAUGCUCUGGCGGCAUCCUUCGCCCGAAGUCGCGAGAAGUCUCCGAUCGGUUCGUCGUCUCCCUCGUUGGAUUCCGUCGCCGAUCAGCACAACUUUCGCCAACAGCAGCAACGUCGGCCAUCGAUCCUGGAUCACUAUCCCCGUUUGGAGUUUUCUUACUUCUCUGGUUCGGAUCCUCAUGUGUGGGUGAGCAAGUGCAACAAGCUCUUCCAUCUCUACUCAAUUCCUGAGGAGCAGAAGGUCGAUCUGGUUUCGUACUAUCUAGAAGGUCGGGCAUAUACAUGGUUUGAAGGAUGGUCUUUUCGGCGCUUUCCGUUGAUAUGGGGCCAUUUCGUCGAUGAGCUGCUUCAUCGUUUUGGACACCGCGAACAGCUGAACGUGGUGGCCGCGUUCAAUAAGCUGCGGCAGACGACCUCCGUUGCUCGUUACCAGGAGGAUUUUGAAGACCUUCGUUCGCGGCUGCUUCGGUUAAAUCCGGAGCUCAACGAGCACUACUUUAUCAUGAGUUUUUUGGGAGGCUUAGAUGACGAGAUACAGCCUCGCGUGCAGGUGCUCAAUCCACCGACUUUGGCCUGUGCGUUUUACCAAGCUCGACUGGAGGAAUCCGCCAUAGAAGCUCGCAAGAAGAAAUCGCGUUCUGUUCCUCCCCCUCGUUGGUCGGCUUCUUCUUCUAAUUCAUCGGGCACCGCUUUUCCCAGAGAACAGUCUAGUCUUUCUCCGGCGGCAGUAGAAAGAAAUCCCAUUCCUCGGGGGCAGGGGCUCUGUUACAAAUGUGGCGACAAAUAUUUCCAUGGCCACAUUUGUUCCAAGAAGAAGCAGUUACACGCAAUGCAGGCGGAAGAGUCUGUCCGUUACAGUGAGGAGGAUGACCAAGAGGAGGUGUAUCAAGAUGCUGAGUUGGAGGUUUCGUUACAAACCAUGGGAUCUGGAUUCGCGGGAAACUCGCUUCUCAUACCAGCAACAGCGGGCCAACAGGAGGUUACAGUCCUCAUUGACACAGGUAGUUCCCAUACUUUUCUAAACUCCAUUAGGGCUGAAGAACUGAAUUGUAGGACUGAGAGUAUAGCCCCUAUGCGUGUCAAGGUAGCUAGUGGACAUACUUUGUUGAGUAAUUCGGUUUGCAAAGGUUUUAGCUGGAAAAUGCAAGGUCAGGAGUUCGGGUUUGAUGUUCGUACCUUGGAUUUACCUGCUCAUGAUCUCGUGUUGGGUUGGGAUUGGUUGGAAACGAUUAGUCCGUUUCAAGUUGACUUGAAGAAGCGACAGUUGGCCUUUGAGUGGCAUGGGAGGACUUUGACAUUGCAGGGCCUCACAAGAGAAGGGCAGUGUAAGAUGAUGUCAGGCCGAGACUUUCAGCAGCUCUUGAAGAAGCCUUCUGCCCAUUUCAUGGGAGCUAUCUUUUCCCUUGAAGCCAUUACUACUCCCUUCCCUACACCUUCCUUCUUACAGCCCAUUCUCACCAAAUUCUCUGAUGUUUUUGCCACCCCCACUUCCCUCCCACCUCCUCGACCAUUUGAUCACACUAUACCCCUGAUCCCCAAUAAUAAGCCAAUAAAUAUCAGGCCCUAUCGUUUUCCCCACCACCAGAAAGAGGUAGCUGAGAAAUUGGUUGCUGAGAUGUUACAAUCCGAGUUCAUUCAGGAGAGUCACAGCCCCUAUGCCUCCCCUGUUCUGUUAAUUGGGAAAAAGGAUGGUACGUGGAGAUUCUGUGUGGACUAUCGUGAAUUGAACUCUGCCACCAUCAAGGAUAAGUUUCCAAUCCCACACAUUGAAGAUUUGUUGGAUGAGUUGCACGGGGCUGUAAUAUUUUCAAAACUGGAUUUAAGGGCAGGUUAUCACCAGGUGAGAAUGCAUCCUGCUGACCAAUUCAAGACUGCCUUUCGCACCCACCAAGGCCACUACGAAUUUCGGGUUAUGCCCUUUGGGUUGACUAAUGCCCCGGCUACUUUUCAAGCGUUAAUGAAUCAUGUUUUUGGGCAGCAUCUAAGAAAGUUCAUUUUGGUGUUCUUUGACGACAUAUUGAUCUAUAGCAAGACCGAGGCAGACCACCUCCAUCAUCUUGAGGUUGUUCUACAGCUACUCCGGAAACAUCAGUUGUAUGCUAAGGCCUCCAAGUGCUCUUUCGGGCAGCCCACUGUGGAGUAUCUUGGCCAUGUCAUUAGCAAGGAUGGAGUUUCUACGGACAAUAACAAGGUGACAGCAAUGCAAACCUGGCCUCGUCCCACUUCUGUGAAGGGUUUGAGAGGAUUUUUGGGUCUCACGGGUUAUUACCGCAAAUUUAUCAGGCAUUAUGGCAUUAUUAGCCGCCCACUCACUGAGUUGUUAAAGAAGAAUGGAUUUCAAUGGUCUGCAGCUGCGGAAAAUGCGUUUGUUGCUCUCAAGACAGCUAUGAGUCACGCUCCUGUUUUGGGACUUCCCGAUUUCACUCAAGCUUUUACUCUUGAAACUGAUGCCAGCGGUACUGGGGUGGGAGCUGUACUCUCACAAGGAGGAAGGCCUUUAGCUUUUUAUAGCAAAGCACUAAGUCUAAGAAAUCAAGGGUUGAGCACAUAUGAAAAAGAAUAUUUGGCUGUAUUGAUGGCUGUAGAUCACUGGAGACAUUACUUGGAGGGAAGACAGUUUACAAUUGUCACAGAUCACGAGAGUUUGAAAUUCCUCUUGGGGCAGAAGGUACAUACAGCUAUCCAAAAGAAGGGUUUAGUUAAACUCAUGGGACUUGAUUUCCAAAUUAAAUACAGGAAGGGGCGCUAUAAUGGAGCAGCAGAUGCUCUCUCUAGGGUGUUUGAAGAUGAGAUUGAGGGCAGUUCUUGCCAUGCUUUGUCGACCGUUCUUCCCGAAUGGCUUGUAGAAAUUGAGCAGUCAUAUGAGAAUGAUGCUGAAGUAGCUGCUCUAAUAACGGCUGUUGCUGUCAAUUCUUCUGGACCUUCCUUGUGGGCGUAUUCUGAAGGGAUUCUCCGCUACAAAGGAGCUGUCGUGGGAAUGAAGGCUGCUGUAACUCAGUGGGUUUCUCAAUGCGAAGUGUGUCAGCGGUGUAAAACGGAGACGGUGGCUUCCCCUGGACUUCUUCAACCCCUCCCCAUUCCAACACGAGCAUGGCGUGACAUUAGUAUGGACUUUGUGGAGGGGCUUCCCACUUCGAAAGGCAAACAAGUCCUCUUCGUGGUGGUGGACAGAUUCACCAAAUCAGCUCAUUUCUUUGCUCUUUCUCACCCUUAUACAGCUGCUGAAGUGGCUGUUAUAUUCUUCAAUGGGGUGUUCAAGUACCAUGGCAUGCCCUCUACUAUCGUGUGCGACAGGGAUGCGACGUUCACAAGCACGUUCUGGACCGAAUUCUUUCGCCUGCACAACACUGAUCUACACUACACAACGGCCUACCAUCCACAAACAGAUGGGCAGACUGAGCGUGUUAAUAGGUGUUUGGAGGACUACUUGCGCUGUAUGACCUUUCACCGACCGCAAGAUUGGGUAGACUGGCUAGCCCUGGCCGAGUGGUGUUAUAAUACACACUUCCACAUCAGCUUGCAAAUGUCCCCCUUUGAAGCUCUUUAUGGGUUUCCCCCUUCAUUCUUUGGGUUGGGAGCAGUUCUGCCUACUACAGCAGGAGCAGUUGAAGACAGAGUAAGCAAGCAACACAGGGUGACUCAACUACUCACUCACAAUAUCACCCAAGCACAAAACAGGCAGAAGCAAUAUGCAGAUAGGAGAAGAUCGGAAAGGGUGCUCCGGGUUAAGGAUUGGGUUUAUCUUCGCUUGCAGCCAUACCGCCAAGGGUCUGUGGUUGGAAGACAAGGGAAUAAAUUGGAUGCGCGUUACUUCGGUCCAUACAGAGUGGUUACCAGAAUAGGAGCUGUGGCCUACAAACUUGCCCUGCCUGCAGAAUCGAAGAUUCAUCCAGUGUUCCAUGUGUCACAGCUCAAGCUCUGCCGUUCAGUGGUGCCACCGGCCGCUUUACAGCUCCCAGAUUCGGAUGACAAUGGCUCCUUGAAGCUCGCUCCUGCUGGCAUUCUAGCCAGACGAUUUGUCAACCAGAACAACAGGGCUGUGACGCAGAUUCUCGUUCAGUGGACACAUCAACCAGUUGAAGACGCUACCUGGGAAGACUUGAGCAACUUCAAACAGCAAUUUCCCUCCUUUCCAGCUUGAGGACAAGCUGUUCCUGAAGAGAAGGGGUUUGUAACAACCCUGUGGAAGACAGCUGGCUGCUGAUGUGUAGAAGAGUCGCAAGAGUAUAAAUAGAGGAAGGCAACUGUGAAUUGCUAUCUUUUGGACCAAUCUGUUAUCUUGUAGCACUUUACCAAUUAGUUAGCCUUAAUAAAAGAGCCUCUCUGUUCUCCCCAUUUCCCCUUUCUUCUUCUUCGCCAUCUCCAUUUCGUCAGAUCUCCCAAGCACGAUCCUUACAGAAGCUCGGGAAGGAAGAGGAGUCUGAGUUCUUCCUUGUGAUGCAAGAAAUCAUGAAGGCAUUUGGAGGGUUCACCCUAAGUGACGUGUUCCCGUCCAGUCGGCUGUUGGGCCUGAUCGGCGGGACAGAGAGGCGGCUGAAGGAGCUCCACCGUGAAGUUGACGUCAUGCUCCAGCGCUUUAUUGAUGACCACGUGGCCAGAAGAUCGGCAGAAAAGGGCGAUGAUGAAGAAGAAGAAGCAGAAGAUCAAGAUCUGGUGGAUGUGCUGUUGAAUUACACUCGUGAACAUGGUGAUAAAAGCAACGAACUCAGCUUCCCUCUCACCGAAGUCGAGAUUAAAGCCGUCAUCUCGGUAAGUCUUUAAUAUGAAUUGACUCAUCUUGAGCCAAUUACAAUUGUCUGGGGUGGGGCCAGGUAAUCUGACUUGUCUCGUUUUAAAUGACUCGUUCUGUAAAAUGAAACAAUUGGUCAAAUUGUCUCGUUUUACAAUUGAUCAAUCCAAACGACCCCUUAGCUUUAUUCAGACAUCACUUAUUCACUUGGCAAAGAUGAGUCAAGGGUUUUGUGAUUAUUAUUAUUAUUAUUAUUAUUAUUAUUAUUAUUAUUAUUAUGAGUAUCUUGGGAAUUCUUGAAAACUCAUUUGGUUUGUGUUGUAGGACAUGUUCUUAGCUGGAACUGACACGACUGCCGUUCUCUUGGAGUGGGCAAUGGUAGAAUUGAUGAAAAAUCCCGACGAGAUGGAGAAAGCACAGAGAGAGGUCAGGCGCGUGUUUGACAAAAAAGGAAAAGUAGUAGACGAAGCAAGUCUUGAUGAACUAAACUAUCUAAACUCAAUCGUGAAAGAAACUUUAAGAUUGCACCUACCUGCUCCUCUAUUAGCCCCAAGAUCAACUCGAGAAACGGUUGUGAUUAACGGAUACCAAAUACCCGCUAAAACAACGGUGAUCAUCAAUGCAUGGGCCAUCUGUCGCAAUCCAGUAAACUGGGAGAAACCAGAUGAAUUUAUGCCAGAAAGAUUCCUCCUCGGCUCCAUCAAUUACAAGGGCAAUGAUUUCCAACUAAUCCCAUUCGGUGCAGGACGCAGAAUAUGCCCUGGCAUGCAGUUCGGGACUGCUAUUGUUCAUCUCGCACUCGCAAAUUUGCUUUAUCAUUUUGACUGGAAGCUUCCAAACCAAACUAAACCCCAAGACCUUGACAUGUCUGAAAUUUUCGGAGUAACCGUUGCAAAAAAAAGUGACUUGUAUCUCAUCCCCAUCCCGUACAAGGCACCCUAAAUCAAUAAGUUGUAGUAGUUUUU